AUGUCUCGACGCAUUGCGACCUCCUGGAGCAAGCAGCUGCCCCAAUUCCUGCAGACCCGAGCAGGCACGGCGUCACGCCUCCCAGCUUCCGCGACGUCAUCAUACCACCACCUUGCUACUACUACUGCCACCACCACCACCACCAACGCCCUUCCCCAGCAGCAGCAACGCCGCCUGCUCUCCACCUCGCCCCGGCUCAGCAAGAAGUCGGGCAAGGCCAACCUUUCGCACGCCCGCUCCGACAGCGCGCCGCCGGUCAACAAUGCGCACACGGCCACGCCCACCGACGACGCGUACGACCUGUCGACCAUGGAGUCGCAGAUCCUGCGCGCCAUGGAGCGCCUGACGCACGACCUGUCGGAGCUGCGCGCCGGCGGCCGCUUCAACCCGGAGCACCUGGAGAAGCUCAAGGUGACGCUGAAGCCGACGGGCAGCGCCCUGGACGGCAAGGAGACGCACCCGCUCGGCGACCUGGCUCAGGUCAUCCCCAAGGGCCGCAUCAUCACCGUCGUGGCCGGAGACGAGGAGUACAUCAAGCCCCUCAUGUCGACCAUCCAGGCCUCGCCCUACUCGCUCACGCCACAACCCCCCAAAUCUGACGCCCCCACCACCAUUACGGUGCCCAUCCCGCCGCCGACGGGCGAGUCGCGCAAGAAGGCGCUCGACGCGGCCAAGGCGGCCGAGACGACGGCUCUGCAGGCCGUGCAGAAUGCGCGUGCGGCGCACCAGAAGAAGCUGCGCACGCUCGAGGUCGAGAAGAAGGUGCGGCCGGACGAUGUGAAGAAGGCGAAGAAGCUGAUGGACGAGACGGCCAAGAAGGGCCAGGAGGAGGUCAAGCACAUUGUCGACGGCGCGAGGAAGGUGCUUGAGAGUCAGUAG